CAUCCAAGUUAUCCGCGCUGGUUUACCACUUCGUCCACGCGAUUAACGAUAUCGUCGCGCGAAAAUAAAUUGAUUGAAAAAAUACACGGCGACUCGGCCGAACGCGCUGGCCGAACAUAAAAAGGAGGGGAACGGAGAAACAGAAGAAGAAAAAAAGAGAAAAAAAGGAAUAAACCGAACGAAUGUAAAUCGGAUCGGAGAACGAAUUGGAACAUAAUCGCGGUUUAUUGGGAAGGACGUGCGUCGGUCUCCCGGAUUUCGGACCCGCCAGAAACGAGAAUUAAUUCCGCGGAGAGGAUAUCGAUAGAACAUCUUUUUCGGUUUCUCGUUAACCGAGCCGGACGAUCCGUUUUCAGUGUGCGAUUCAUGUUCCUUGUGCGAACAACUCGAUGAAAAGCAUCUUUCUAUCUGCUUCGGGAUCGGUUGUGCACAGUGAGAAAAGAACAAAAAACCAGACUGUAAAAUUCGAGACUGAAACUUCCAAAGGAACGCAAGUAACAAAUAAAUAAAACAUAAAAGACGACGCGGCGAAUUAUUAAGGAGACUAAUUAUUAAGGAAAAAACGUCUAAUGGAGGCAUCGCAAGAAUUUCCAAAGAAUUUAUAUCGCAACUUUUAAUCAUUCGGAUGCUGAGAAGUGGAGUCGAAAAGUCUAUCAAGGAUUUAACCAGAAAACAGAAAUCAUCCCUUAUAAGCUCGCCCCUAAAUACUUUCCACAGUUGCGUGUGGAAGGCCGGAAUAUAUUCGCAAUUAAGGAAUCAAGUUGUAUUCGAUUCUGCGGAUCUGUUUAUCGCGGACGGAGAUUACUUCGUGUGAAGUGACCGGUGAUCUGUUCGCGAUAAGAAAGCGCCGGGUCGUUCAAGAAUUGAAUAAGCUGCUGGCGCGCACACGGCGGGAGAACCGAGGAAGACGACGGAGGAAAAGAGAAGAGAAAAAGAAACGAUGAACGGGUGCAUCGGUGGAUCAAGCGUUUUCCCGCUGCCUUCUUAAUUCGGCAUCGCGAUCGUGGGCAGAGUAUGCUGAGGACGAAUUCGCUGCCGUUCCAUCUCAGCGUUGUGUGAGGAACACGGUUGUAUAAACUAGGCCGACUUAUUUCGGAAAAAAAAGAAAGAUCGGAGCCGCGUUGCGCUCUUCCACUGAGCAACCGGAUUAUUCGCCCAUCGUCUGAACAAUGUGGCUCCAGGCGAUCACUGUUUUCGCGUUAAUUGUCUCUUCGGUCCCGCAGAACACGCUCGAUCUAGCAGGCCUCGGCAUAAAACGGGAAGACUUCUUCUUACGACUCCAGAAGACAAUUAAUCUGGCGAAAGUGACGAAUCUGAUCCUUCGUGACAACAAGUUCGACAACUUCGUCGAUUGUUCCACUAAUCUGACCAGUUUGAAAUACCUGGAUCUGUCACAGAAUCAUCUUCAGCAAUUCUUCUUCUUGUGCCAGGACGAGUACAAUUUGAACACGUUGAACGUCAGUCGGAAUAAAUUACAGUACAUCACCCACGACGCCCUCAACCACAGAAUCCCGAACCUGAAGGUUCUUGAUCUGUCGUCGAACGAGUUAUCGUUCGUCAAUGAAACCAUGUUGGAGCACUUCGAGGUUUUGACGUACCUUUCUUUAGCGAACAACCCCAUGAACGACGGCAUCCACGUGAACGCGUUCUCGAACUUGAAGCAGCUGCAGUAUUUGAGUCUCAGCAACGUGUCAUUAUCCUACGUCUCUGUAGAAAUGUUCAAACCGUUAGUUAAUUUAAGUACGCUGGAUUUGUCGAGGAACCCUAUAAGAACCAUACCAACGUUACCGAGCACGAUAGUAGAACUCGACCUUUCCAACACUAUGAUAACGCAGUUGAAUAACAUCAGUUUACCGGACCUGCAAGAGCUGAAAUUAAACGAUAUGCGAAAUCUAGAGGUGCUGUGUUUCGACGAUCUCGAAAAUUUGCCCAGAUUAAAAAUAUUGUCCCUGACUGGUUCGAAGAAGUUAGCGCAUCUGACAAGUAACAGGUACGACGAAAGGCGUUUCCCACCACUGAUGCAACUGUCGGUAAAUAAUUGCAGUCUGAGAACGCUCGAUCAUAGCUUUCUGUGGAUAAUAAAGAGAAUGCCGAUUUUAAACUUCGAUGGGAAUCCUUGGAAUUGCGACUGCAGGAUGAAAUGGAUAAAGGAGGACGGGAAUAAGACGCUCAGCCGAAAUAUCAAGUGUUACACACCCGAACGGCACCGCGGCAAGCGACUGAGCGAGGUACCUGAAGAUGAUCUCGAGUGCGAAGGCGACUCGACGGUGUUCUAUCCCGUUUUAUGGGCUUGCAUCAUGUUGCUGAUCGUGGCGUUCGUAUUGGCGAUGGGCUUCUUCUUCCUCAGACGACCAAUCGGUGCGUGGAGCAUCGACCGAAACCGUGACACGGUCAGGUACACGAACGUCGACGCGUCGUCGACCGACAUGGUGAGAAUUCUACCUGGUGGCGAGACAUGCGAUCGUAACGGGGAAUAAUAGGCGCUGGCGCAGGGUGAACGUUGUUGUACGGGGUGCUGCCGAAUUUAUUGUACCGUCAGAAAUUGAACGAUUUUGUAUGAAAACAUAAAUGAUACAGGACACGGUUUGUUAUACGAAAGUCAAUCUUUGAUUAAACCAACACCAUGAACCGAGA